AUGGCGCCGUCAACUGCGCUCUCGACGGCGGAAGUCUGCAGCCUCUGGGCGCUGAUAGGCACAUCCAUUGCUAUUGUCGCCAACUCCUUUCACGGCGAUGGUGAACCGCUCAUGGUGUCUUUGGCAUUUAGUAUAUUCGCAUUCGCCACGACGUACAGCUUAAUUCGAUGGCUGGGACCUAGCUUUAUCAAGGUCGGAUUGAAAGGGAAGGAUAUGGCCAAAGCCAAGAAACCAGAGAUACCUGAAACGAUGGGCGCCGUAUGUGCUGUGGUGUAUCUCCUGCUCAUGAUUGCUUUCAUCCCUUUUCCUUUCUACAAGGAUAUUGUGGCUGCAACAUCUGGAGGCGGAAAUCGCGAUGUCGUCUUGCAUAUCGAACAUGUCGAGACUGGACGUUUCCUUCAUCGCUUUCCCCAUAACAAGCUGGCAUCCUACCUCUCCGGCCUUUUAUCUCUCCAAGCCAUCACCCUCCUCGGCAUCGGGGACGAUCUCCUCGACAUCCGCUGGCGCCACAAAGUCCUAAUCCCCGCCCUCGGCGCAUUCCCCAUGUUAGUCGUUUACUUUGUCGAUUUCGGCGUAACUCACGUCGUAGUGCCCAUGCCUCUACAACGCUACUUUGGGCAAAUCUUCGACCUCGGCUUUCUGUAUUACGUCUACAUGGCUGCCGUCGCAAUUUUUUGCCCAAACAGUAUCAACAUGCUCGCGGGCGUCAAUGGCGUUGAAGUUGCGCAGUCACUCGUCAUCGCUGUCUUGUUGCUGUUAAACGAUCUUUUGUAUCUGAGUCCGUUUACGCCUUACCCGCAUCCGGCCACGGACUCGCAUUUAUUCUCUAUAUACUUCCUUCUCCCAUUCAUCGGCGUGUCUCUGGCACUACUGUGCCAUAAUUGGUACCCAUCCAAAGUCUUUGUGGGCGACACAUACUGCUAUUUCGCGGGUAUGGUCUUUGCUGUUGUCGGUAUACUAGGCCAUUUCAGCAAGACGUUACUCUUGUUGUUUAUUCCGCAGAUGCACAGGUUACCAAAAUUCAAUGCUGUGACGGGGUUGUUGGAGAAUUCGGUGACUGAAUGGCCUGUUCCACCGUCGCCGGUGAUUGCUGCGGCAUUACAUCUUCUUCAUCGAUUGAGACUUGUCGGGAUCAAGACGAAUGAGAAUGGAGAUAUUACCGAGUCAACGAACUUGACGCUACUCAAUCUCUGGAUUCUGUGGUUCGGUCCUAUGAAGGAAGAUCGACUUGCGUUGAGUAUUGUGUUGUUGCAGACAGUCUGUGGGCUUAUUGCGCUAUUUGUUCGGCAUCAGAUGGCGUUGCUUGUUUUCCCAGCGGAUAAUAGGGGCCCAAAUGCCCUGCAAGACAUCGAAAGACGAUCGGACAGAGAGCAUUACCUUUAUGGAUUAAAUGACGAUCGCGAACGAGCUCGAGUGCAUGGCAGCGACGACGCCUUGGACUUCAGCCACUAUACAAAUGUCGCGAUAGACGAUACAUAUCAAUUGUAG